GUCGAUAUUGGGAGGUUGUCUCUUUCUCAGCCUUCUGCUAUCACUGUCUUGCUCGUCUACCUGCAAGUGGAGGUCAGGAGGAUAAUGAGCAAAAGUCAUUUUGCUGUUUUUUCCUUCUGAUACUUACUUCUCCAGCUAGCAAGAGUGUGGAGUGUCGCUGCAUCGGCUCAGGAUGAGGAGGCACGCGUUGAUACCGCUAUGUGCCCUACUGGGUGUCCUGUUCGCACUACCAACCCUUGACGCUCAGGCAGCACAAGAUUCCGCAGACCUUGUACUCUUAAUUGAUGGAUCGCAGCACGUUGGAGCAGCAAACUUCCCAUUUGUGCGUGAUUUGGCUUUGAGAAUCAUUGAGGGCCUCGAUGUGGGCAGGGAAGCUGUUCGGGUGGCCUUAGCCCUGUACCAUAACAACCCUGAGAUAAAGUUCUAUCUGAAUAGCCAUGAGAGCAAAGCAUCAGUCCUGGAGGCUGUAAAGGAACUUGCAUACUCAGGUGGUGAUGAAUCUAACCUGGGCCUUGCUUUGGAGGAAGUAGCCCAGAGCCUUUUAAGCCAAUCAGCUGGUGGCAGGGCAGAGGAGGGUGUACCCCAGAUGCUAGUUGUUAUCAGUGCUGGGCUGGCCACUGACGAUACUGGUGCUGGUGACCGGGCCCUUAAGAGGGCUGGAGUUAUCACAUUUGGGCUGGCCAUCGGUGAUACCGCCACCACAGACUUGGAAGCGGUUGCUACCGAUAGAGCAUUUGUCCUGUCGGCCCCUGAUUUCAGAGCAGUGGCGAGCAUGGGCGACCAGCUUUCGCCGUUCAUUAAUGGCGUGCUCCAACGCAGCAUUAUAGUACAGCAUGAAAUCACAGAAGCCUUGGCCAUUGGAAAAAGAGACAUCAUUUUCCUCCUUGAUAGUACAAUGGGUGCAACCGUGAUCAACUCUGUGCGUGAGUUCAUCAAGCGCUUUGUUGACACCAUGCCCAUUGGCCCAAAUGAUGUUCAAGUGGGUUUGGCUCAAUUCAGCAAUUCUGCUCGACUUGAGAUGGACCUCAACUCCUAUGGAUCCAGGGAGGACUUAACAGCUGCUUUGGGUAAAAUCAAACCUAGGCCAGGACAGGCAGUCAACAUUGGGGCAGCCUUGGACUUUGUGAGGACAAACAUGCUCCGUCCUGAGAAGGGCAGUCGCCUGCAACAAGGCGUACCACAGCUUUUGCUCUUAAUGACCAGUAAAAAGUCCAGUGACAGUGUGGAACAACCAGCAAGGGCUCUGCAGCAAAUGGGUGUGCUAACUUUGGCUGCAGGCUCCAAGGCAGCUGAUGAGGAAGAGCUAAAGCAAAUUGCCUUCAGUGACAGGGCUGUGUUCACGCUGAGGGACUUCCGUAUCCUGCUUCGUAAUCCAAAGGCAAUCAUUGAUGCUCUCUCCACCCUCGCUGGGGUUGUGGUGACAGAAGUUCCCACUGAGCCAGUUGUUGAGAUAACUACGGUGCAGGAUUCAAUGGUGCGUCGAGACAUUGUCUUCUUAGUGGACGGCUCAAACUACAUUGGCAGCAAUAACUUUCCAUAUGUUCGAGACUUCAUGAUCAAUGUGGUCAAUCAACUUGAUGUGCGCCCUGACAGAGUCCAAAUUGGCCUCCUGCAGUUUGCUGAGCAACCCAAAAUUGAGUUUUAUCUUAACAGCUUCCGCAACAGACAAGAUGUUGUGAACAGGAUCUCUCAACUCAGACUGACUGGAGGCUCAGUUUUGAACACGGGUGCGGCCAUGGAUUAUGCCCUCUCCAACAUGUUCCAGACAUCAACAGGGUCACGCAGGAGGCAAAGAGUCCAGCAGGUUUUGGUCCUUAUCACAGGGGGUCCAACCCAGGAUGAAAUAAAAAGUGUAGCUGAUAAACUGGCUUUGGGGGGUGUUUUGACCUUUGUGGUCAGUUCUGGGCAAGCAGAACAGGACUCGCUUAGAAGAGUUGCUUUUGUUCCAGAGUUGGCUUAUCAUGAAUCAAGCUUCUCUUAUUUACCAGCUGUGGCUGAACAAAUCAUGCCAAAGCUGAUAACAGUUGUUGGUGAUACAGAUAUAUCAACAGUCCCUGAACAACCUGUGGUUGCUGGAUCUGAAAGGGAUGUUGCCUUCCUUAUUGAUGGAACUGACUAUGUUCGACAAGAUUUUGCUUACAUCCGGGAUUUUAUCCUCAAAGUAAUUGAACCACUUGACAUUGGGAAUGACAAAGUGAGAAUUUCAGUGGUUCAGCACAGCGAGAGGCCAACACCAAUUUUUUACCUUAAUACUCACCAAACCAAAGACGAGGUUUUGAGAGCAGUCAGCGGAAUGUCCCUGGCUGGAGGACGUAGUCUCAACACAGGUUCAGCUUUAAAAUUCAUGAAGGACACUAUUUUGUCUGAGAGGUAUGGUAGUAGGAGGGCGCAGAGUGUCCCACAGUUUUUGAUAGUUUUGACUGGAAGCCGAUCAAGGGAUAACGUGAAGGAACCUGCCGGUGAACUAAAGACUGAGGGAGUUGUGCCAUUUGGUGUUGGUGUCAAGGAUGCAGACCACAAGCAAAUUGAGGACAUUUCACACAACCCAUCGUUCGCUUUCAGAGUGAAGGAAUUCAGUGAACUCAGUACUGUACCACAAAAACUCAAUACCUACGUGAGCCUUCCGAGGGUACAGCUCGACAACGUCCUACAACAAGCCGAGUCGCAGGGCCCCAAAAAGGACAUCGUCUUUCUGGUUGAUGGAUCUGAUGGUGUUGGACGGGAAUUCCCUAUCAUCCAGGAGUUUAUCCGUAGAGUUGUGGAGAGUCUCAAUGUGGCUGAAAAUAAGAUCCGGAUUGGUGUGGUGCAGUUUGGUGAUUAUGCACAGGCUGACAUGUAUCUGAACACGCAUGCAACCAAAGAAGGAGUUUUGAAUGCAGUCAGAGGAAUCAGGCAGCGAGGAGGAAGACAGCGCAACCUGGGCCAGGCCUUGAAGUUUGUCAGUGAUGAUGUUCUGACUGCCGCACGUGGUAGCAGGAAACAAGAGGGUGUACCUCAGUUUCUGAUUGUUGUUUCCAGUGGGUCUUCCACAGAUGAUGUCAAACGUUCAGCAUCUUCCCUGAAACAAGCAAGAGUUCUUCCGUUUAGCAUUGGAACAACAGAUGUAAAUCCUAAGGAGCUCCAAAUGGUGUCCUACACACCCAACUUUGCCUACACUGUAGAUGAUAUUCCAGGAUUAUAUACGGUACAAGAAAACCUCAUCACCACUCUCACUGAAUUAUCCGAUGACGACAUCACCAGGAUGAUUCCAGUUUUUCCAGACUAUGAUGCAAUUGUCCCAGCAGUCACUGGUGGAGAAAAGAGGGAUGUUGUGUUUCUCAUUGAUGGUUCGAGUGCGGCACGAAACGACUUUCCUUCCAUCCGUGAAAUGAUACAAAGAGUUGUGGAGAAGCUAGAUGUUGGACUGGAUAACGUCAGAAUUUCAGUUGUACAGUAUAGUGAUGAUGCGACAGUAGAGUUUCUCUUAAAGGAAUAUUCCACCAAGGAGGAAGUACGCCAGGCUGUGACACGACUUCGAAGCAUUGGAGGAAAUCGUCUUAAUACAGGUCGUGCUCUUGAGUGGGUCUCCAGAAACAUCUACCAAAGGUCAGCAGGAAGUCGCAUCGAAGAUGGAGUGCCACAGUUCCUCAUUUUAGUUACCGGUGGAAAAUCUGCGGAUGAUGUGUCUACUCCAGCUGACCAACUAAAGAGAAACCACAUAGCACCCAUUGCCAUUGGCUCAAGGAAUUCAGACCCAGAUCAACUAAGGCAGAUUUCCAUGACGCCUGAGCUGGCUUACACAGUUGACAGUUUCCAGCAGCUUCCCGUGGUGGAGCAGCGCCUCAUCGAUUCAGUCAAAACAAUAUCAACUUCUGAUAUCAUCGGUAGCUAUACACCUCCAAAUGUAGACCUUGGUAAUUUAGACCUUGGAAAGAAGGACAUUAUAUUCCUCAUUGACGGCUCAGAAAACACUGGGGCUACGGGUAUUGCUCAUAUCCGUGACUUCAUUCUGAACAUUGUUCAACAACUGGAAAUACAGCCUGACCAAGUGCGUGUGGCCGUUGUCCAAUACGCAGACAAUGUUAAAACAGAAUUCUCUCUCAAUUCACAUGACAACAAAAAGGAUGUUAUCUCAGCUGUCAAUAGACUUCGUCAAAUCGGUGGUCGCUCUUCGGAUCUGGCUGAUGCCAUUGAAUAUGUGAUACAGAAUGAACUAAAGCCAUCAGCUGGUGUUCGUCCAGUGGAUGCCUCCCAGCAUCUUGUGGUUCUCACAGGUGGACGUUCUCCCCAAGAUGUGUCUAUCUAUGGACCUUUGCUCAAAGGAUCCAGGGUCAACUGCAUUGGUAUUGGAUCAAGUGGGGCAGACAAAAGGCAGUUAGCCCAAAUUUCAACCACGUCAGAAGAUGUCCUUCAAAUUCCUACGUUCCCAGGCCUGCCAGCAAUCAAAGACAGGUUCAUUUCAAGAUUGAGUGGAAACCUCCUUGUGAAACCAACCAUAGAUGAGAUUCCCACACAAGGUUUGCCUGCACCCAAGAAGGCUGAUAUCGUGUUUUUGGUGGAUGGUUCUAUAAACUUGGGCAGAGAUAAUUUCAAUGAAGUGAUGGCAUUUGUCAGCAACCUAAUAGAUUUGUUCUUCAAUGAUCGAGACAACCUAAGGAUUGGACUGGCUCAUUAUGCCACAGAUGUGACCGAUGUCUUCUACCUCAACACCCACAAAAACAAGCAGGACAUUGUUAGUGCCAUUGAACAAGCAGAAUACAAAGGGGGGCGAAAAAUCAACACUGGGGCUGCCAUUCGGCACGUUCAGAAUGUUCACUUCUCCAAAGAACGAGGCAGUCGAAAAGAUGAAGGGACUCCUCAAAUCCUAAUGGUUUUCACAGGAGGACGGUCAUCUGAUGACGUAAAAUCAGCAGCGCUUGGUUUGAAGAAUAGCGGUGUGAGAGUAUAUGCCGUAGGAGUGGGUGACACUGGGAACGAUUUAGAAAACCUUGCAAGUGAUUCUUCAGCGGUAGCUCGGGCCAGAACCUUUCAGGAGCUUUCAGAGCUCACUGAGCAAAUCCUGGAGACGUUAGAUGAUGAAGUGAAGGGGAAGCUGUGUGUUGGAGUACAAGAUGUUGCUAAAACCUGCAACCUUGAGGUGUUGGUGGGCUUUGAUGUUUCUGCACAGAAUAUCUUCAGUGCUCAAACCAACCUCCAGAGCAAGAUGGGCGCUAUUCUGCAGAGGAUCUCCAAAAUGUCAACCAUCAGUUGUUCUUCUGGGCAGAUUCCCACUAUCCAAAUUGGCAUGCUUGCCAUCGACUCUGCUGGACAGCCUGUCCAGUUGGAUUUCACUGACAAUUCUGACAAGCUAUUUGACGACUUUAGGGCUCUUAGAACUCGCGGCCCAUUUGUCCUUACCAGCAAGACCAUCUCAGCUUACACUGACAGAUUCAGAACCAGACAAGAUAAUGCUGUCAAGGUUGUUAUUCAUCUGACUGAUGGUCUGGAUUCGCCCUAUUCUGAAUUAAAAAGACGAGUUGAAGAACUCCGACAAUCAGGAGUCAGCAGUUUCAUCCUUGUUGGGCUCGAGCGGGUGCUCAAAUUUGAGGAAGCUGCUUUACUGGAAUUUGGUCGCGGCUUCAGGUACACCAGACCUCUACGACUUAACGUCCUGGACUUGGACUAUGAGCUCAUGGAGCAACUCGACAAUAUUGCAGAGAGAGAAUGCUGUGGAGUACCAUGCAAGUGUACAGGUGCAAGAGGAGACCGAGGGUCUGUAGGACUUUCUGGACUUAAGGGUAGUCCAGGAGCUGCUGGAAGCCAGGGGCAUCCUGGAGAUGAGGGUGGACCGGGAGAGAGAGGUCCUCCUGGUGUGAAUGGAACUCAGGGAUUCCAAGGGUGUCCUGGACAGAGAGGUUUCAAGGGUUCCCGGGGAUACUCUGGAGAAAAGGGGGAAGCUGGAGAGAUUGGCCUGGAUGGCAUUAAUGGUGAAGAGGGCAACAGUGGCGUGUCUGGACCCUCAGGAGACAGAGGAAAUCCUGGCAGAAGAGGUCCUAAAGGUAUCAAGGGACAAGCAGGAGACAGAGGAGAAACAGGAAUCAGAGGAGACCCUGGUACAAGUGGAAGCGAUAACAAUCGAGCAGGGCCAAAAGGAGAUCCUGGUGAUGCUGGACCAGCGGGAGAGCCUGGUGAGGAUGGAAACAUAGGAACAGCUGGAGAAGCAGGAAGAAGGGGAGCUGAUGGCCGAAGAGGUGCACCAGGACAAGCUGGUAAUCGAGGACCGCCAGGUGUUGAUGGUGUGAGGGGAGAAGCUGGUAUUGGAGGGUCCAGAGGUCCAGCAGGACCAAACGGUGCACCAGGACCAAGAGGCGAAGAUGGAAAUCCUGGACCUAGAGGUCCUGGAGGAAGUCCGGGUGCUGCCGGAGACAAGGGAAGAAGAGGAGCUGUGGGUCGUAAGGGAGAGCCUGGAGAACCAGGAGUCAAGGGUGUUUUCGGACCCCUAGGACCCCGUGGAGAGCCCGGUGAAGAUGGCAGAGAUGGUUUUGGUGUUGCUGGGAACAAUGGAAGAAAGGGCGACGAAGGCUUUCCAGGCUUUCCAGGGCCAAAGGGAGCUGCUGGUAACGCAGGUUUCAAAGGUGGACCAGGUUCAAGAGGAAACCGUGGACAGAGGGGCGUCUCUGGAAAUCCUGGUACACCAGGACAGAAGGGAGAGGUUGGAUAUGCAGGGCCAUAUGGUCAAAAAGGACCGAGAGGACCAGGUGUUGUGCAAUGUGACCUUGUCAAGAAGAUCAGAGACAACUGUCCUUGCUGUUAUGGUAAGCAGGAAUGUCCUCUUUACCCAACCGAGCUGGCUUUUGCUCUGGACGCUUCCAACGACGUCGGCCGUCCCGCCUUCAACAACAUGCGUGACACGGCUUUGAGACUGGUCCGAGACAUCACCAUCGCUGAGAGCAACUGUCCUAGAGGAGCUCGUGUUGCGUUGACUCUGUACAACAGUGAAGUGACCACUGAGGUCCGAUUUGCAGAUGCGCUUAAGAAACGAGCGUUGGUUCAACGCAUGGAAGGAUUGCAGACGCUGCAGACCAACAAAAAGCGUAGCUUAGAGACUGCCAUGAGCUUUGUAGCCCAGAACACUUUUAAACGCGUGCGUAGCGGCUUCCUCAUGAGGAAGGUAGCCAUAUUUUUUGUGGGGGGCUCAGUCAGUAACACACAAGCGGUGACCAAUGCAGCUCUCCGCCUUCACGACGCUGGAAUUGCAACCUUGUUUUUGGUCCGAAGCGAGGACCGAGCACUCAGUCGAGCAUUGCAGGUCAACAACACAGCACUGGCUCAGGUGAUCGUCUUGCCAAAUCCUGGAAGCGCACAAUACAACUCAGUCAUGGACAAAGUCCUCAACUGCCAUGUUUGUCUCGACGUCUGCUCUCCAGAUCAAAUGUGUGAUUACAUACCCCCAGCGACUGGUCGAGACAGGAGGUCUUUUGUCACAGAUGUGGACAUCGACAUGGCGUUUGUCAUAGACAGCUCGGACACGACAUACCCCACCGUCUUUACGGAGAUCAAACGCUACAUAGCACACAUGGUGGAGCAUCUUCAAGUGUCCUCCAAUCCUACAACGUCCGCUCACCAUGCCAGAGUCACAGUCAUUCAACAAGCGCCCUAUGAGUUCCUCCAAAAUAAGACCAGCUUACCCAUCCAUGUGGACAUCGGUUUGACGGAGCACCAGUCAGCUCAGGGGAUUGUCAAGUUCCUAAUGGAGAAGACACCCCAGUUAGAGGGGGGCCGCUCGUUGGCAGCAGCGAUGGAGUCGACCUUGGACGAAGUUUUUGAGAAAGCACCGCUCCAACGUCCUCGGAAAGUCCUCAUGUUCUUUGUGACAGGAAGUGUCGAAGAGCAGGAGGAACAUCUGGUCCGUGUUGCCACUGAUGUCAAGUGCAGAGGCUACUUUUUGGUCAUCAUGGCCGUCGGAGAGAAACUGAGUGCUGCGGACGCCCGAGUUUUGUCACGCAUGGCCAGUGAGCCGUCAGACGUUUUCUUUAAGAGACUGGACACCAGCUCACACUUUUAUGACAAACACUUGCAGAACUUUGGACAGCUGCUGCCAAAGUACAUCAGCAUGGAGAAUGCGUUCUACAUGUCUGCUGAAGUGUCCAAAAACUGCAAGUGGUUUCAGAGCGACCAACCUCUAAAAAACCCUUUUUCAUCGUCACAUCCAAAAGAGAGCCAUAAGAAUCAUCAUGAACAUCAUCAAGUGUCUCAUCAAGUCAAGCACACAGAUGAGCUUCACGUGUCCAAUGUGACCUCCAGCAGUCUGAAGUUGCGCUGGAACGACAUAGACGCCAAACAUGUGGUGUACUAUGAAGUGGUGCUGAUGCGGUUGCGUGACCACGCAUUGGUGCUGAAGACCAACGUUUCUGCCCCACAGCUUGCUGUCGACCACUUGGAAAGUGGUCAGGCGUAUCACGCCGUGGUCACGGCCUACGCGGCCGAUGGUCACAUGAUCUCCACUCACAAAGGCAUCAUCACCACCAAGGCAGUAGAGAGUGGAACCAUCAAGCAGGUGACCAAUCCAAUAAAUACCACACCACUGGACCAACCACAGACAGUGUCAGAGCUUGACCAUAAAGGGCAGCAGGUUGAAAAGGUGCAGAGCCACCCGGAUAAAACAGUGGAUGUGUGCCAGCUUCCCAAAGAAGAGGGCACGUGUGCCAAGUUUGUCCUGAAAUGGCACUAUGACGCUCCAAGCAAGAGUUGUGCACGCUUCUGGUACGGAGGCUGUGGUGGAAACCAAAACCGCUUCGACACGCAUGAACAGUGUGUGAGGGCGUGUGGCAAUGCAGCCAUCAAGCAAAGAGUGGUGGCGUCCAUGAGAACAUAAUCAUAAGACGCAUGGCCAGCCUUUAUGAAUCCUCACACUGGUCCAAGUAUACCAGAAGAGGCUGCACUGGAUUCACUCGAAAGAACUUGACAACAUGUUCAACUCUUUUGCGACCAAUGAAAGCAUGAAUAUGAGUAAUAUUUCCAUGUACUGGUGCUACACAUGCAGGUACUACAUUAUGUGCAUUUGGUUGUACAGUCAAGUCAUCUUCUUUGAAAUGCACAUUUGACAUAAUCCACAUAUGAGUUGACAAUGUUAUUAUUAUUGUUUUGUUGUGUGUACUUGUACAAUUGUGUGUACAAGUACACACAAUUGUAUGAAAUUGUCCUUUUGAGCUUGAAUGCAAACACUUCGAUUCUUCAUAAAACAGCAAGCUAAGCAAUUAGAAUGUAUUUCUUUUCUACUUUAAUUUGAUCCACUGAAACUUUAUUCAACACAAAAUAAAAAACAACGUUUACUACUUUUA